AAGACCUGCACACACCUGUGCAAUCAGUCUCCUGGCCAUUCCCAAAAUCUGGUCCCAGGAUUGGAGAUUUCAUCCCUCCCAGAUCUCUUUGAAAUCCCCAGGCUCCAGAUCCCAAAAUGGACCUUACAAACAAAGGAAGAAAGUGAAAAGCCACUCUCCUCCGUAUCAAACACUUACCCUGGAGCCCCUCAACCUGCCUUGUUGAGAAUCCUGGGUGACAGAUCGCCACACUGUCACAAUAUACACACACACACACACACAAGUGAUAUAUAUAUAUAUAUAUAUAUAUAUAUAUGUGAUUUU